AUGUGUUUGGCAAAACCUUCUCACCACUUGAUGCUGUCCCGCUCGUACCAACCAGCGGCGACUAUAACUCGGCGCAUUGCACCUUCUUUUAUAAGCCGCGGCUUGGCCUCGGAAUCUAUUCCUUCGUCCUCGCCCCCAGUGGAUGCCACGAAAUCGUCAGAUGUCGUUCCUUCAUUAAGCCCUGGUGUCUUCACCGCAGAAGUUGUUAGCGGCGCACCUUUCCGCUUAGUCCUGGCAGCGCAACUUCGUCACCGUGUAGUUCGCGUUUAUCAACCGACACGAAAUACCAUGCAGAGUGGUGGAGCGAAGGGUGAACGCUGGAGAAUUGACUUCGACAUUCUCCAAGGGGGCGCUCGCUGGGAGAACCCGCUUAUGGGUUAUGCUAGCUCCGCUGAUUAUAUGCAGGGUACUCGAAUGACAUUCAAGUCGCAAGAAGAUGCCAUCCACUUUGCGAAGAAACAAGGAUGGGACUACUAUGUGCAAGCACCGACUGUGAAGAAGAUCCCACCGAAGAAUUACAGCGAGAAUUACAUCUACCGACCGAACAAACUGCGCAUCAUGAAGACAAAAUAG